CAAACCGCAAAGCAAACAUGAGAAGUUGAGUAUUCGGCUUUCGGCUCCGUUCUCAAUUUUUUCAUUUAAAAUUUAAAACUUGUUUGUACUUGAUAACAUGGUUGUAAAUACAUAUCCGUGUCCGCAAUCUCGCGUGUUUUAGUUUCGCGCAUCGUGAACGAAACAUUCAGUUGCGUCUUUAAUAAGUUAUAAAAUGUUUGAAGUUUGAAUUUUUUAUCGAUAGGAAUAUUUUUACGGAACUUAUUCUCAUAUUAUAAAUAAAAUGAAUGAGGAAACCGUCACGAAUGUAUCGGAAAUAAGCGAUCCUGAGUUAACGAUGGAAAUUGUAAUGAAGAAAAUAUACACUUCUUGUGACCCAGAGGAAACGAACAGAGCUCGAAUAUCUGCUGUUAUCGAAUUCAUAAGGCCAUACAUGCAAAAAGAUUUGUCGGCGUUAGAAACGCUAAAGGCGAUGCUGGAAUCGGACGGGACCAACGGAUUCGUCGAAAGCGAACAUUUUUAUACUGUAAUGAAUGAAUGGACGCAGAAAAUUUCUAGUCAGGAGGAUAAUAGCGGCGAAUUUGGUCCGGCAUCUAGCAAUUUGAUGGAUUUCGACGAUUCUCUUCCCUACACGCAAUCGACGCCGAGGCCGAGUUUCGGACAGAAACUCCUCAGCAGUCAGGACCUUCUAAAUUUAUCCAACGUCUCGCACUAUAAUUGUUCACCCACCAAACAAAUUAAAGAUCACAGCAUCGGGGGUCACGAGAAAUCUCUGUUGGAGGAAAAGUUGAAGCAGUCCCAGUACGAAUUUGCCAAAGUCCUGGACGAAAUGAACAUGCUGAGGGCGCAAUUGGCCCUAUUGGAGGAGCAAAAUGAAUAUCUACACAACGAAUUGGAUCGGUUCAAAACUCGCUCGCAAAGCGAACACCAAAUAAACGGGCAUUUGCAAGACCACAAAACCUACCAGGACGAUUUGAACGAAGAAGAUACCGUCGGCAAGCAGCGCAUCGAAGAAUUGAACAAAAAAUUGAAUUUCUUCGAGAAGGAAAACGCCCACUUGAACAGAUACGUCCAAAAGUUGGAGAAAGAGAAUUCGGAAUUCGAAGAUCGCUACCACCACAUGCACAAAUUAGAGCAAUGCAUGAAGGACCAACUCAACGACAUCAAAGCCGAAUUGGACAUCAAAGAGCACGAACUGGCGUCGGAGAGGAAAAUCAGCGAGGGCCUGAUGAAUAAAUUGUACGAAACGCGCAGCGAAGUCGAUCAGUUAUUGAACGAGAACGAGUUGCUCGACCACAAAAAGCAAGGUUUAGAACGAAUCCUCACCUCCGGUCGCUACUCCCUAUCCUCGCACUACAUCUGCCUCGACGAAAUGAACACCUUCUUCAUCAAAGGUACCAUUCCCAUAUACUCGUCGCCGCCGUCCAAGCGCCACCGCUCCACCAACAAUUCCUCCUUUCUCCUCAACAACUCGCUAAAUCCCCUUUCUUCUUACGCGCCCGUAGAGCCCCCGCCGUCGGCGUCGUCGCCGGCGAGGAACUCGACGCCCGCCAGGCCGGGCGUCGGCCUGAAGAAAUCGUUCUCGUUGAACGCCAUGUCGACGCGAUCGAUGCCCAACAUAUUUUGCACGGAGCGCGGCCGCCCGACGACGGCCCACCAGGAUUCGCCCAAUUUGAAGUUCACCAACGGCCCGUACGAGUCGCUGCAGAUGGAGCUGUUUCAAGUUGAUCCUCAAUACCAAUUCGACUACAAAUCCAAAAAUGGCAUAGACAUCGAAUACGAAGACGACCUUAGUCAAACUAAGGACUUGACGCUCGAAGAGGAUUCCAAAGUGGCCGUCGAACCGAACAGUAACAGUGAUAUAGUAGCUUUAAACGAGCAAAUAGAGCACCUGACCUUAGACAAACGAGCCCUCGAAACGUACAUUUCGAAUCUCAAAGAGGAGAAUAAGACUGAAACGAAUAGGAUAGUUAGAGAUUUAGAAGAUAGAUUAUCGUCGUUAAAUGACGAAUGUGAUAGACUGCGAUCGGAGAUCGAUGUUAAAAACAAAGAGAUUAUCGAUGUUAGAAAUAAAUUCGAUUUCGAAUCGGCGUUUAAGAAGUUAGAGAUAGAUUAUAAUAAAAAGUGCAAUCUGUUGGAGGAGAUCCGGCAAUUUCGGGAGAACGAUAAGAACGUCAUAGCGAAGCUUUCGGGUAAAAUCAAAGAGCUCGAAGGCGAUUUGAAAGAUAAAGAGAGGUUUUUUAUAGACAACAACCUUCAUUCGAACAUCGAACGAACCGCUAACGCGGUACAAUCGCACAUCGACGAGAAAAAAUCAUUCACCUCGGAAUUGAGGAAGCACAACAUCGAGUUCAAGUACAAAAUUAGCAAUUUAGAGAACGAUUUAAACGACAAAAUGAAGCAAGUCGAACAUCUCAAAGAGAUCAUCAGAAAGGACGAAAUCGCCAAAAACAAGCUACAAAAACACAAUCAAGAAUUGGAAGUGGAAUUAGACAUAUUCACCAACGAUUACAAGAAACUGUUAAAAGACGUUAGCGAACAAGAAAACUUAAAGAAAGAACUGAAAGAGGAAUACAACAAUUUACUCUCUAAAUUCAACCAAGAAGUCGAAUUAAACCACCAACUCGCCGCGCAAUUAUCCUCAAAAACCCACAGUUUAAACGACUCCAACGAAAAGUACGACCGCUUGAGCGAACAAUACUCCGAACAAUCCAAAAAAUACUCCAAAGUACUCGAAGAGCUCUCUCAACUCAAAAGCGAAACCGAAAAAAUCAGAGAAUACCACAAAUCGUUCAAAGAAGAACUCAACAAAUCGCUCUCGGACUACCAAAAAUCCCUGCAAUUCCUGAGCCUCAAAGUGAAAGAGCUCGAAGUAAAGACCAUCAAGCUCGAGACCGAUUGGUGCAAUUUCCACGAAUUCGACAGCAUCGAAUCGGACGAUAAAAAAGAAGAUUCGUCCACGGAAUCCAGCCUGAUGACAUACACCUACUCGAAAUCCUCCUGUCCCAAGAGCGCGAGCUACGAAAAGCAGAAGCUCACCAUCGAUCGCUUGAAAGAGAAACUGAACAACUUGGAGGAGACCUUGCUCAAAGAGCGCGGCAAAAACAGGGCGCUCGCGCACCGCCUCACCGCCGCCGAGGAAGACCUCCGCGAAGGUAAGAUCUCCAUCGGUUUAGAGAAAAACGCGCUGCAAUUCGCCGUCGACGAUUUGCGCGACAAGCUCGCGCAGCGCGACAUGCUCCGCGACGCGGCCGAGAAGAAGAUCGAGGAGCUGUCGUUCAAGCUGUCGCAGAGCGACCAGACGCUCAACGGGGCGCUCAUAAGUCUCGCGCAAAAGGAGCAGUUCCUGAAGAGCGGCUUCGAGGCGCAGGAGAGGCUGUCGAGGCGCGUGCGCGACUUGCAGGCGCAACUGAAGGGGCUCAAAGCGAAGGGAAUCGAUUCGAUGAAUCGCGCAUCGGACGAUGACAAGCUAGCGAAGGAUUUGAGCUCGGUUAAGUCGCAUAAAGGGACGAAUUGUACGUUGAGUUCUUUUGUGACAGAUGAGAACGGGUGUCCUUCGAAGGAUCACGUUGAUGGUGUUACUGUGAACGGGAACGAAAAGGAUUCGAAUGUUGGCAAAAUGGCCGGUUUGUUGGAUGUUGUUGUGGAAUAUUGCAGUGAACUCAAUGCUUCGUUUACGAAAUUCGUCGUGCACUGGAAGAGCGUUAUCGAAAUGGAUCCGAUUUGUGCUAAUCUACCAUCGUUAAAACUGUGUAAUUCACUGGAACUUGAAGAUAUUCUUCCUGCGAUCGUCCACAAUUUUAAGGCCAUUAUUUCGUUGUUCAACAACUUGAUACUAAAAUCUCCAUCGACGAUGCAAGACGAUGCCGAUUCCUACUUGAAUUAUCUUUCGCAUCCGAAAGUCGCAUCAAACGAUCCGAAGACCAUAAGAAAAUUCACGUUGACGUCGUCGAAUCCGAAAGCAAAAACGACGGUACAAACUCCGGAUAAUCGGGACCAAGAAUCUCGAGAUGUUGGUCAGUCGAAUUGCGAUAAAGAAUGUACGAAUACAGAAGGUGGAGAGCACAGUCCUGUUCGUGCGACUUGUGAUUUUUCGAAUAUACAAUUACCAAUACUUAAUUUUGAUUUACAACUACAAGGAGUCUUCCCACACGUAUCGGAGAACUUUUUAAAGCAAUCGGGUCUCCACGAUUCUAGUCCAAAGAAAAAAAUGUCCAAAGAUGAAACUGAAACGUUAUUUACCACAUUUGCCAUACAGCUCGGUUUGGAAUCUAAAGAUAUCAAAGAGCGAUUGAACAAGCAAAAGGAGCUUUGCUCGAACAUUCACAGGAAAUUUAGUAGUUUGUUGAGGGACGUAUCGGUGAGAUUGAGAGACCACAAGUGCAUCGGAGCCGUCGAUUCCAUUAAUCCGGUGUACUUGCUGUUGGAAGAUCUCAGGUAUCAAAUGAACGAUAUGUCGCAAGCCGUUGGACAAUUGGGUGCUCUUACUUGCGAAUGUCAUAUGACGAAAUGCUGGAAUUUAGUUACAAAUUAUAUGGCGACAGUCAGACAAGAAGUAGAGUAUUGGAAAGAGCAAUCAUCUUCAAGUCGGUUGUUGACAGGCGAAGCAACCGGUAUUACAAAUUUAACUGAAACUGAGGAAAAUACCUUUGAAAAAUGUCCUAGCUGUGAAAAGCCAAGACUUUCAGCUGAGCGCAAUAUGCAGAUCAAGAAGCGUUCGAAAUUCAGAAGCUGUUUGUCGAUAUUUUCAAGUGCCUUUGUUUGGAUGUCCUAUUUCUCGUUUCUGUUAUUUAUGGGUAUUAUUUAUGUCCACUGGCGUUGCAAGGUCAACACAGAACUCAAAAUUUGUCCCCUUGACGAUUUUGUAAAUGUGUUUUCCCAGUCUGCUGGUUGCCCUCCUUAUUAGGGAAAGAGUUUAUCUUUUUGUUUCUACUUAAAUUAAAGCAUAUGUAACGUGCCAUGUUUAUAAUUUUGUUUUUUCUUAGUGUGAUACAAAAUGUUUAUUAAAAUAUGUUUUUUC